AUGCCACAUCAGCAGUUCAAAGACAUCAGCCUCUUGGACUACAAAGGAAAACAUGUUGUUUUGUUCUUUUACCCCUUGGACUUCACCUUUGUGUGCCCCACGAAGAUUAUUGCAUUCAGUGAUCGAACUGAAGUAUUUAAGAAACUCAACUGUCAAGCGAUUGGUGCUUCUGUGCACUUACAGUUUUGUCACCUGGCUUGGGUCAACACAGUCAAGAAGAAGGGCGGACUGGGAGCCAUGAACAUCUCAUUGAUGUCUGACCCCAACCACACCAUUUGUCAAGAUUAUGGGGUCUUGGGGGAAGAUGAGAGAAUCUCAUUCAAGGGUCUCUUCAUCAUUGAUGAUAAGGGCAUUCUUCACCAGAUCACCAUCAAUCACCUUCCUGUGGGCUGCUCUGUAGAUGAAGCACUAAGGCUUGUCCAGGCCUUCUAG